CGCGGGAGGCGCGCAGAGCUUUCGGGCUGCAGGCGCUCGCCGAGCGCCUGGGGAAUUGGGCUGUGGGCGAGGCGGCCCGGGCUGGCCUUUAUCGCUCGCCGGGCCCAUCGUUUGAAACUUUAUCAGCGAGUCUCGCCACUCGUCGCAGACGCGAGCGGGGGGCGGGGGCGCGGCGAGGCGCCGGCGGCCGUGACGAGGCGCUCCCGGAGCUGAGCGCUUCUGGUCUGGGCACGCAUGGCGCCCGCACACGGAGUCUGACCUGAUGCAGACGCAAGGGGGUUAAUAUGAACGCCCCUCUCGGUGGAAUCUGGCUCUGGCUCCCUCUGCUCUUGACCUGGCUCACCCCCGAGGUCAACUCUUCAUGGUGGUACAUGAGAGCUACAGGUGGCUCCUCCAGGGUGAUGUGCGAUAAUGUGCCAGGCCUGGUGAGCAGCCAGCGGCAGCUGUGUCACCGACAUCCAGAUGUGAUGCGUGCCAUUAGCCAGGGCGUGGCCGAGUGGACAGCGGAAUGCCAGCACCAGUUCCGCCAGCACCGCUGGAAUUGCAACACCCUGGACAGGGAUCACAGCCUCUUUGGCAGGGUCCUACUCCGAAGUAGUCGGGAAUCUGCCUUUGUUUAUGCCAUCUCCUCAGCUGGAGUUGUAUUUGCCAUCACCAGGGCCUGUAGCCAAGGUGAAGUAAAAUCCUGUUCCUGUGAUCCAAAGAAGAUGGGAAGCGCCAAGGACAGCAAAGGCAUUUUUGAUUGGGGUGGCUGCAGUGAUAACAUUGACUAUGGGAUCAAAUUUGCCCGCGCAUUUGUGGAUGCAAAGGAAAGGAAAGGAAAGGAUGCCAGAGCCCUGAUGAAUCUUCACAACAACAGAGCUGGCAGGAAGGCUGUAAAGCGGUUCUUGAAACAAGAGUGCAAGUGCCACGGGGUGAGCGGCUCAUGUACUCUCAGGACAUGCUGGCUGGCCAUGGCCGACUUCAGGAAAACAGGCGAUUAUCUCUGGAGGAAGUACAAUGGGGCCAUCCAGGUGGUCAUGAACCAGGAUGGCACAGGUUUCACUGUGGCUAACGAGAGGUUUAAGAAGCCAACAAAAAAUGACCUCGUGUAUUUUGAGAAUUCUCCAGACUACUGUAUCAGGGACCGAGAGGCAGGCUCCCUGGGUACAGCAGGCCGUGUGUGCAACCUGACUUCUCGGGGCAUGGACAGCUGCGAAGUCAUGUGCUGUGGGAGAGGCUACGACACCUCCCAUGUCACCCGGAUGACCAAGUGUGGGUGUAAGUUCCACUGGUGCUGCGCCGUGCGCUGUCAGGACUGCCUGGAAGCUCUGGACGUGCACACAUGCAAGGCCCCCAAGAACGCUGACUGGACAACCCCUACAUGACCCCAGCAGACGUCACCAUCCACCUUACCUUCUACAAGGACUCCAUUGGAUCUGCAAGAACACUGGACCUUCGGGUUCUUUCUGGGGGGAUAUUUCCUAAGGCAUGUGGCCUUUGUCUCAACAGAAGCCCCCUCUUCCUCCCUGGGGGCCCCAGGACGGGGGGCCACAUGCUGCACCUAAAGCCUACCCUGUUCUAUCCAUCUCCUGGUGUUCUGCAGUCAUCUCCCUUCCUGGUGAGUUCUCUUUGGCAAUAGCGUGACAGGCUGUUCAACCGGGAGGGUGGUGGGCCCAGACCACUGUCUCCACCCACCUCGACUUUUCUUCUUUCUAGAGCAGUUGGCCAAGCAGAAAAAAAAAGGGUCUCAAAGGACCUGUCUCAAUGUCUUCCCAUAAAUGGUCCCAAUUAAGAAAUUCUAUACUUCUCUCAGAUGGGAACAGUAAAGAAAGCAGAAUGAACUGCCCCUGACUUAACUUUAAUUUUUGAAAAGACCGAGACUUUUGUCUGAUCAAGUGAUUUUACAGCUACCACCCUUAGGGGUAAUUGGUAAUUACCUGGAGAAGAAUGGCUUUCAAUACCCUUUUAAGUUUAAAAUGUGUAUUUUUCAAGGCAUUUAUUGCCAUAUUAAAAUCUGAUGUAACAAGG